AUGCCGGAUCAGGAUGAAAAAGGGAAAAAAACGGAAAGGGCGACUGAAAAGAAAAAUCAUGGAGCAUCAUCAAGGAAAUGCUUUGAUGUGAAGAGACUCUGGUCUCUCUUAAACGUUCCAGCAAGCAAGCAGCAGCUUCCAGCUUUAAAGACCACUGGUACACCAAAGUCUCAGCAGAAGUUUGGAAAGACACAGACAUCCAAGCACAACUGGCAAGAGUCCACUGAAUCCAUAGAACUUGAAAAAUUCAGUGUUUAUUUCAAACAUGAAAGGAAUUUUAGCCAACAUUCUCAGCACAACCUGUUUCUUGAUAUCUUUAUGGCACUAGUGAAGAACAGGCUGGGAUGCAGAGAAUGGAUUGACAGAGCUCCGUCCGUUCAUUUGCUUCGAGUGUUGAUCUGUUUACGGCUAUUAAUGCGGGACCUAUUCUAUCAGGGGGUGCUUCUCAAGAUCAAUGGCAUCAACAUUCUUACACAGUACAUGCAGACAACAUGUAAUACAUACCUUUCAUCUGGUGAAGAUGAGUUUAAUGUUGACAAGUUGGUCAAUAUGACCUAUAUUUUUCAAAAACUUGCUGCCGCAAAAGAACAAAGAGAAUGGGUAAUUCAAAGUGGAGCACACAAAACACUGGUCAGACUAGUUGCUGCUAGAGACAGUAAUGUUUUGCUGGGUGCUCUGCUUGCUCUUACCAGUUUGGCAGAAAGCUCAGAGUGCAGACCUGCAAUAAGUGAACUCAGCUUAGUUGAAAGCCUUAUGAUGAUAUUACAUGAAUAUGAUCUGCUUUCUAAAAGACUUUCAGCAGAGCUUUUACGACUUCUCUGUUCAGAGUCUGAGGUAAAAGAACAAGUCAAGGUAUAUGAUGGUGUUCCCACACUACUAAGUUUGCUACACUCUGACCACCUAAAGCUUCUGUGGAGCGUGGUUUGGAUCCUGGUUCAGAUUUGUGAAGACCCUGAAAUAAGUGUGGAGAUCCGUACCUGGGGAGGCAUAAAACAGCUACUCCAUAUUUUAAAAGGGGAACAGUAUCUAGUUUCUGAUCGCUCUUCCAUUGGGAGCUUGUCAAGUGCGAAUGCUGCAGGCCGAAUCCAACAUCUUUAUUUAUCUGAAGAUCUGAGCCCAAGGGAAAUACAAGAAAAUACACUUUCUCUCCAAGCAGCCUGCUGUGCAGCUCUUACUGAACUUGUGCUCAAUGACACCAAUGCUCACCAAGUAGUUCAGGAAAAUGGUGUUUACAUUAUUGGUAUGCUGAUUUUACCAAGCAGACAAAACGAUUGUAUUAGAAGCAAGUCUACUUUGUUACAGUGUUAUGCGUUCCGAGCCUUAAGAUUUCUAUUUAGCAUGGAAAGAAACCGAGAUCUGUUCAAAAGGUUUUUCCCUCCAGAUUUGUUUGAGAUGUUUAUUGACAUUGGUCAUUACAUUCGAGACAUCAGCGCCUAUGAAGACCUUGUGUCUAAAUUGAAUUCACUACCAGAAGACGAACUGAAGCAAGUGGCUGAUGGCAUUCAAGGCAUCAAUCAGAACAAAACUCCCACAAAAUUUAUUGGAAACUAUGCAAUUCUAGAUCACCUUGGAAGUGGAGCAUUUGGGAGUGUAUAUAAGGUCAGGAAACGCAGUGGUCAGAAUCUCUUUGCCAUAAAAGAGAUCAAUUUGCACAACCCGGCAUUUGGUAAAGACAAAAGAGAUCGUGAUAGCAGUGCUGAGAACAUAGUAUCUGAACUAACAAUAACCAGAGAACAGCUUUGCCAUCCCAACAUUGUGCGAUACCAUCGAACAUUUCUAGAAAAUGACAAGCUGUACAUUGUUAUGGAGCUCAUUGAAGGGGCACCUCUUGGUGAACAUUUCAAGUCCCUAAAGGAGAAAAAACAGCAGUUUACAGAAGAACGUCUCUGGCACAUAUUUAUACAGUUGUGUUUAGCACUGCGAUAUUUACACAAAGAAAAACGGAUUGUUCACAGAGACUUAUCACCAAACAAUAUUAUGCUGGGAGAAAGAGAUAAAGUAACUGUCACUGAUUUUGGCCUUGCUAAGCAGAAGCAAGAAAACAGCAAACUAACAUCGAUUGUUGGCACCAUUCUCUACUCCUGUCCGGAAGUUGUUAAGAGUGAACCAUAUGGGGAAAAGGCUGAUGUAUGGGCAGCAGGAUGCAUCCUCUAUCAAAUGGCAACACUAAACCCACCCUUCCACAGUACCAACAUGCUGUCUUUAGCUACCAAAAUAGUAGAAGCCAUGUAUGUUCCUGUUCCUGAGGGAAUGUAUUCCGAAAAAGUUUCAAAUACCAUUAAAAGGUGUUUGACUUCAGAUGCUGAUCUUCGUCCAGACAUAGUAGAAGUAUGUGCUCUGAUAUCAGACAUCAUAAUGAGAUAUAUGGACAGCUUAUCUACCAGCCAGAUUGCCUCAGAGAAAAAACUGGAAAGAGAAAGAAAGCGUGCACAAAAAUAUUUCAUUGAGGCUAACAAAAAUACAGGGACGUAUCGCCACCGCAACCCUUCACUACCUUAUGUGAGUACAUAA